GUAUCACCAUAUUCCCCGCUUUUCGUUGGAUUGUCAAACGGAAUGGUGGAAUAAAAUCUGGUAAUGGCGAGUGCGUCUGUUCCGCAUAUUUGAUGUUGUGAUAAAGUUGGGCGUACGCGUCCGCCUUAUCAGUUGUGACAAAGUAUUUUGUUUCGAGUAUGUUCACUUGAUUUUGGCGUAUACGCUUAGUUUUUAAGCGAAGAUAAUCGAUACUAAAGAGAUCAAAGUGCCCAGUGUACUAUGUCGGUGAUUCAUUAUCGGAAUAUGGAAGUACGGGACAGAUAAUAGAAGAUAAUCGUAUUAUACGAGAAAAAUUUACGACCUCGUAUAUUUUACAAUACGUGCCUUUUUUUCAUCGUUCUUGCUUCAUGCCACGUCAAAAAUAUAUUUGAAGGUGUUACAAGGUCGAAAUAAUCAAUACACGGAGAAUAACGCGAUAAUAUGAAAUCGAAGCGAGCAUGAAGGUAACUGUGUGUUUCGACAACGUUAGAGUGGUGGUUCCUUGCGGGGAUGGAACCCUACUGGUUAAAGACUUAAUGCACGAGGCUAUUCUAAGGUAUAAAAAAGCUACUGGAAAAAAUGAUAAUGGAUUAACUAUAAACAGCCUAUCCUCCUUGACUGGAGGUGGUCUUCUGGAUCCAGAUGAUAGGUUAUGUGAUGUAGCUGAUGACAGAGAGCAGAUUGUUGCUCAUUUUGUAAGUACAGAUACAACGCAUGCUGGUGGUGAUGGGGCAAGUUCUGUUGGGACAAAUAGCCCUGACUUUUUUCACACAGAUGGCAAAGAGUUAACUUAUGCAAUAGAUACACAUUCCUCUAUACCUAGCAGUAGUAUUAAAAGAGAAAGUACUAAAAGAUUGUCUAUGCAUGCACUGUCAACUAGAGAACCUUGUUUAGCUACAUAUUCUGCUCAAUCCCUUCCCAGAGAAUCUAGACGUAGAGAACCUCUGGGACAAGAUGCCAAAGCGUCAUUUGACUAUGCGAAUGCCAAUGUAGAACUUGCAGAUCAGGGUGAAAUUCGGGAAAUUGUGAUAAAAAAUGAGGCAGGUCCACUGGGACUUCACGUGGUGCCAUGUUACGAUCUGUUGGGUAAUGAUCAAGGACUUAGAGUCGAAGGUAUUGAGCCGAAUGGCAGAAUUGCCAGGGAUGGGCAGAUUGAUUUGCAUGAUAAAAUAAUAAAAAUAAAUGGUCACAACCUAUUGCAUAUACCAUUCUCCAAAGUUCAAGAAAUCUUUCGGACUUGUAUGACAGAACCCUGUCUCAAGAUUUCAGUGGUGAAACACAAGAAGCCACGCGAGAAAUCAUUGCAUAAAAAUCAUGGCAACACCAGUGGAGGGUCGGAGAAAACAGAAACCGAUGAUAAUGUCAAAAGACUCCAGUGUAGUAAUUAUAAUCUAUUGCAAACAGCUAAUACCCGUAAAAUUGGUCGUAUGAUAGAAAUAGAAUUAACUAAAGGAAGCAAUGGAUUGGGAUUCAGUGUCACGACCCGUGAUAAUCCUGCAGGUGGGCAUUGCCCCAUAUACAUAAAAAAUAUAUUACCAAAAGGUGCUGCGGUUGAGGAUGGUAGAUUGAGGCCUGGUGACAGGUUACUGGAAGUAAACAAUAAAGAAAUGACUGGCAAAAGUCAAGCAGAAGUGGUGUCACUUCUUAGAAGUAUUCCACCAGGUGGGAAGGUGAGAAUGGUGGUCUCCCGACAAGAAGAAAUUUCAUCCAGUGCUCCGGAUUCUCAUUCCCAAGCCACUUCCACCAGCCAGACGUCAGAAACUACAGAUAACUCAAAAUACUGGAACGCGUUGAAUGUAUCGCCAAUAAAAAAGAAUACCGAGGUACACGAUAAAGUAAAUACCCGCAGUUACGAUAAGUGUACGUUUAAACCCGUCAAAUCAUCGGAAGAUAUCGUUUUAUCGCCACGUAAAAAUCGUAUGAUAUUAACGCUGGAUAUACCAGUGCACGAUUCGGAGAAAGCUGGGCUGGGUGUCAGUGUAAAAGGUAAAACGACAAAUACGGACGAAAAUACCAACAUGGAUUUGGGGAUUUUUAUAAAGAGUGUCCUUCACGGGGGUGCAGCGUCUCGGGACGGACGAUUAAGGACCAACGAUCAAUUGCUCAAUGUCAAUGGGGUGUCUUUAUUAGGAUUAUCCAAUUCCGACGCGAUGGAAACCCUCAGGCGGGCGAUGCUCAACACAAAUAGCUCAGUAACGGGUGUAAUCACCCUCACAAUAGCAAGGAGGAUAUCGUCCUACGACGCGAACGAGAAAAAUCUUCCAGAAAAUUUAAAUUUCCAUUGUAAAUUAGAGUCCGCUAACAGUAUAUACAUUUCAGACACCACGAAAGCGAACGAGGGCAGAGUUAAAGAAAAGAAUAACCUAAAUUCCCAGUCGGACAUUUUAGACAAUGGCGGACUGUUGUCCUGCGUAACGGCGUCUCCAUGGAACCCAGUAAUAGACCGAUUAACAGAACAAUACAACAAAAACAGUUUACGAAACGAAAGUUACUGCAUCGCCACUAAUAAAACGUGGAUAGAACCAGUCAGCAAUGUAAAGAAAAUUACGGUAGGACAGCGCGACGACCGCGCGGAACCAGUAUUGUUAGAAGACACCAACGACGCCCAGUGCAAUGAUCCUAAAAGGAACGCUGACGACAAAGAUAGUCAAUAUUCAGGAGACCCGACAUACGAUAGUCAAUUGUCCUUGGAGGAAUUCAGCUCAUCCUCCAAUAAAUUCUCCCGAGACGCUUUAGGCAGGCAGAGUAUGUCCGAAAAACGGCACGCAGCAUUGGACGCGAAGAACACGGACACUUAUAAGAGGAACAAGAAGCUGCGAGAAGGACGCGAGAAUAAAACACAGGAGCAGGGGAAUCAAAAGCCCGCGAACCAGUCGACUGAAUCGGAGGAUCAGACGAGGCGGGCUGGUAAACCGGAAAGUUUCGAGAAAGGGAAAAGUAAAGGCACCAGCGAAGGAAGCACUAGCGACAAUAAUUUGAAACGGUACGAGAAGUCCGUGGACCCAGCUCAGUCGGAAUACGUGUACACUAUACCUGGGUGUAAUAAUAAAUUCACUUCGCCGAGGAAACAUUGGCUGGUGGACGACGUCCACGGCGAGAUAACGAGUAGCAAUAAUUUUAAGGACGAUCGCGAGGGUUUCCCCAAUAGUCGGGGCGACGUGAAACAGGCUUCACUCAAUUCAGCUUUAGAUGAUCGAUACAAGCGUUCCAGAAAAAAAGGCGGCAUCCGGUCGAUGCUUCGGUUAGGGAAGAAUAGGAAAUCGCUCAACUUCGGCGACAGCAUAGACGCCCGUCACGAGUCCACAUUUCAGUUAGUACCAAAGCAGUUGCUGUAUCAGCAGAAAUGUUUCAAGAGCAAAAUCAACCUCAAGAAGCCAAAAAUAUUUUUUAAAAAGAAGGUGGUGAACCAGCUUGUGAAACCAUUCUUUGUUAAUCCCAGACCGAAUCUAACCAUCGAGGAUCUGUGCGUCGAGUCGGAGUUUAAAAAGUCAAAUGAACUUGGACCGUACGAAAAAAUUAUAGCAAGGGACAUCCGCAAUUGGUUCGACCAAUCGAAAAUGGUCGCUUGCUUACACGUGAAUAGCAUUGGUGGGGAAGAAGUGUUCGAAAUGAGGGUCCCUCUGACUAGAGCGAACCUGCAUUACAAAAAGUAUUCACCUAAGAUUGUUCGUGCGGCAAUAGAGGACACGCCUUAUGCAAAAGCGCUCGAUCCAGUGAUCAGUAAUUUUACCGCGUAUGUAUUUAGUCCCGAAAUAAAUUUAACUGAUCUGGAGAAGAUCCUUAAAAAGUUCUAUCGAGUACAUAUUUUGGGGGGUAUACUGGAAGGUGGAGUACACAAAUACGAUAAUUUCAUGAAGUACGGAAGAAUGGACAUCACGACAGCACAGUUGGGUCUGUUUCAAGUAUUGCAGAACGCGGGCGGCGUUAACCUUAAUCGGCAGCUCACGCAUCAUCAGACAACACUGGUGUCUCGACUGAAACAGAUCGGUACAAACGGGUCAGCUACGAACGAGAACGAACAAUCGGUGCCUGUAUAAUUCGCAGAACUAUCUGUAUCAAUAAUUUAUUAUACAUUUGUCAUUCACACGAAGCUUUAAAGUAAAGUACAAUUUAUUU